UAUACAACUUCUUGUGGCUGGGAGAAACAUUUCCCAACGUCACUUUUGGAGAGGGUUUUCCUAACGAAGCAGAACUCCCAGCGCUGUCCCGUCCCUGCGUAGUUUGGCGAUAUUGUGCAGAGGAUCUCCGGCUCCUGCCUCUCCUGCUCCCACCCCUCGCCCUCCUAUGGCAAUCCAUGUGCCCAGGGGUGGGGGGAGACCAGCCCUCCUUUUAUAAGCGUGGCCAGGCUGGCAGCAGUGACGGCAGGUUUGGCUUGCUCUGAGACACCCACCUGCCAAUCCUUGGGGUCCCUGGGAUGACCAAAGGAGGAAUGGAGUCAGUGGAGGUGUUCACAACUGAAGGCAAAGGCAGGGGUUUGAAAGCCCAGAAGGAGUUCUUGCCUGGGGAUGUCAUCUUUGCAGAGCCAGCCUAUGCAGCCGUGGUUUUUGACAGCCUGACACACGUCAUCUGCCACACCUGCUUCAAGCGGCAGGAGAGGCUGCACCGCUGCGGGCAGUGCAGGUUUGCCUAUUACUGCGACAGGACCUGCCAGAGAGCAGCCUGGCUCAACCACAAAAACGAGUGCUCUGCCAUCAAGAGGCAUGGCAAGGCACCCACCGAAAACAUCAGGCUGGCUGCCCGCAUCCUCUGGAAGAUCGAGAGGGAGGGCAGUGGGCUGUCCGAGGGCUGCCUGGUGUCCAUCGAUGAGCUGCAGAACCACGUGGACAGCUUCGGCGAGGAGGAGAAGAAGGAGCUGCGCACUGAUGUGGAGAGUUUCCUGGAGUUCUGGCCACCCCACUGCCAGCAGUUCGGGAUGCAGUUCAUCUCCCACAUAUUCGGGGUGAUCAGCUGCAAUGGCUUUACCCUCAGUGACCAAAGAGGACUGCAAGCUGUUGGUGUGGGAAUCUUCCCCAACCUCUGCCAGGCCAACCACGACUGCUGGCCCAACUGUACUGUCGUCUUCAACAAUGGCAAUCAUGAGGCUGUAAGAUCAAUGUUCCACACACAGAUGAGGAUCGAGCUGCGGGCCCUGAACAAGAUUUCUCCGGGGGAUGAGCUGACUGUUUCCUACGUGGAUUUCCUCAGCCUGAGCGAGGAGCGGCGCAAGCAGCUGAAGAAGCAAUAUUACUUCGACUGCACGUGCGAGCACUGCAAGAAACAGCUCAAGGAUGACCUGAUGCUGGCAGUGAAGGCAGGGGAAAGCAAGCCCUCUGCAGACACGGUGAAGGAGGUGAUCCAGCUCUCCAAGGACACGCUGGAGAAGAUCAACAAGGCCCGCAUGGAGGGAAAUUACCACGAGGUUGUGAAGCUGUGCCGUGACUGCCUGAAGAAACAGGAGCCUGUGCUGGGGGACACGAACAUCUACCUGCUGAGAAUCCUCAGCAUUGCCUCCGAGGUGCUCUCCUACCUCCAGAUGUUUGAGGAAGCAGCUGACUAUGCCAAGAGGAUGGUGGAUGGCUACCUAAAAAUUUACCAUCCCAACAACGCGCAGCUGGGGAUGGCCGUGAUGCGGGCGGGAGUGACUCACUGGCACGCUGGCCUCAUUGAAGCUGGCCACGGCUUGAUUUGUAAAGCCUAUGCCAUUCUCCUGAUAACCCACGGACCUUCCCACCCAAUUACCAAAGACCUGGAGGUCAUGCGUGUGCAGACGGAGAUGGAGCUGCGCAUGUUCCAGCAGAACGAGUUCAUGUAUUACAAGAUGAGGGAAGCUGCCCUCAAGAACCAGAAGAUCCAAGUCAUGCCUGAACCCAGCAAUGAGAACGCACCAAGCCUCUUCCACAAAAAGGAAUAAACCUGGAGCUUGACACCGAUUCAUGCCUGCAGGGUGACACCACCUGUGGCACUUCCAAACACUGGGAAUGUGAUAGAGCAGAGUGAUAUAUCCACAAGGGUUGCUUCCAGUGGCACAAGUCUGACAGCGUGGACCUGCUGGGGGAGCAUCCUGAAAACGCUUCUGAGGGCUUAAAGCAGAAGAUGUCCUGGCAGAAACAAGAUCCCUUUUCUAUCACUAAGGCAUUAAAUAAUCAAAGCAAAAUACCCUGUUAUAAAAUUAUUUACAUUUUUA